UUAGCCGCACCCAGACUCUUACUUUGACAGCGGCGAGGCGGCUUUUCCUUGAGACCCACACAGUGCUUGUUCGUCAGAGAAGACGCUCUUCUGAUGUCACUGAGCCCCGGGGGCGAGUGUGGUCCGUCGCUAUAUAAUCUCCCCUGUUCGGUGGAUGAAGCCAGCUCACUGAAAUCAGAUACGAGAUAAAGCAAAUACACACUGAACAAUCAAACAUGGUGAAGAUCACUUUCCAGCCUGUGUCGGCGCAGAAGCCUGAAAAAGAGUGCGAUGGAGACAAGAUCAUUAUACCUCAGGUUCACGAGCAGCUGGUUCUUCCUGUCAGGCCCAAGAAGCCUUUCCCAACGGGCCUCUGCUGCCUCACCUUUGGCCUGGUGAUCUUCAUGUCAGGACUGGUGCUGGCCUCUAUCUACAUCUAUCGCUACUACUUUAUACCUCAGAUCCCAGAAGACAGCUUGUUCCACUGCCGGGUUAUCUACGAGGACUCUGUGUACGCUCCUCUGAGGGGCCGGCAAGAGCUCGAGGAAAAUGUCGGCAUCUACCUUGACGACAACUACGAGCAGAUCAGUGUACCUGUGCCACACUUCGGAGGCAGCGACCCCGCUGAUAUCAUCCACGACUUUCAGAGGGGCCUCACAGCUUAUCAUGACAUUGCUCUGGACAAAUGCUACAUCACUGAGCUGAACACAACCUUGGUGAUGCCUCCGAGGAACCUGUGGGAGCUGCUCGUCAAUGUCAAGAGAGGGACGUACCUUCCCCAGACUUACAUCAUCCAGGAGGAGAUGAUGGUGACGGGGAGGGUGAGGAACAUGAGGCAGCUGGGCCCAUUCAUCCACAGGCUCUGCUACGGCAAAGAAACCUACCGCCUCAGACGCCGCAACCAGCGUAGACGUAUUGAGAGGCGCGAGACAAAGAAGUGCCACAGCAUUCGCCACUUCGAGAACACGUUUGUGGUGGAGACCGUGAUCUGCGACAGGAUCUAAAUCUGAGGGGGGAAAUCACAGCCAUCCAACACUGAAGCCAACUUCAAACCAUACCUCUGGAAUCCUUUAGGCUUUUAACUGCACUUUAAGAGCAAGUGUUUGUCCAACAGUUUCAGUUUCAGUUUGAAUGUGUUUUUAUUGUUUUUUUUUUUGUCUCAAGUUGGAAAUGCUCUUUUAUUGUUCAUGUCUUUUUUAUCCAGAUAGUCUGUAUAUUUGGAUGAUGUUAUACAUGUGUUUGGAUAUAUCUGUAGCUUGUCAAGUUGUGCAUAAGAUGUCUAUGUGUGUUAGUUUGUGACAUGUUCAUCAGAAGACUUGAUUUAAUUUUAUUUCAGACUUGUCCUUAUUGUUAUUUAGUAAGCCAGUGUGCCGUGGCUGGUGGUGAGGGUACCUGGAAGCUGCUUGCACCAUGCACUCAAGUCGUUUUCUCUGUCGUUAAUUUAUUUAGUUUUGAAUGUCAGAAAAUGGCAAAACAUACCUCAUGUAGUUUCUUUGCUGGUUUAUAUCAUUAAUGAAUGGUGUACAUAACUUUGAUUGUUCCUAAGCAAUAUAUUACUGUAAAUUGAUUUUGAACAUACUGUUACUUGCAUAGAUUUUUAUCUGAAAUCGACUUGUUUUUGUGAAUGGUCAUUUCUUUAUCGUUUGUCUCUUUAUUUCCUUUGGUAUCACACUUUUCCUACUCCUUGGAUAGAAUGGCUUUAGACUGUAAUUAGUAGCAGUACUUAAGAAGGACAGAAGGAACCAAAGUCUGCAGUCAGCGAUGCUAUGCUUAGUGUUCAGGGUAUGUGGAAUAUUUAGAAAGAAUGCUUUUUACUGUAGAUGAUCAAAGGCUAACAUUUUGUCUUGCUCUUCCUCCUCUUCACUUGGAUUUGCUUGUCGUCUUCAGCUCUUGCCAGUUUCUAGUCGUUCCUAUCUCGGCAUUAUUAUCUCUACAACAUUGAUUUGUCCCAACUAGAAUAAAAAGAGUAAGAUUUGGGGUGUCUUUCUAAUGUACAACCUGCAGCUAAGAAAUCUCUGUUGAGAGAGACCCAUGAAAUGUGCUCAUAUUUCACUGUCUUGGACACCUUAUUUCGCUGUACAGUCGAUUUUUCUUGUAAUAUCUUGCUGCUUUAAG